CUGGUCUGGUUUCUAUGGCUCCUCCCUUAGAUCAAAACAGACAGCCCCAUCCUCCUACAACCAACAGAUCCUGACAGAGAUCUCCCAGCACACUCCCGCAGCCAGGCUCACUGAGAUGCAACCCCUCCAGUGUUUCUCCAUCCUCCUGCUCGCAAUCUCAGUCAGCUCCCAGGAGAGCGGCAGGUGUCUGAAGCAGAUCAGUGAGUUCUCCGUGCUGCAGCAGCCCCCGCGGGCGGUGAAGGAAGCCGGAGCCUCUGUAGAGAUGAACUGCACCCUGACACUGCCCCCGGGACACCCCAGACCCAGCAGCGCCCUCGUCACUUGGCACAGGGGGCCCAGAGGGGUUGGCCUGAUGGGCACGGGGAAGCUCUCCGAGGUGGAGGAGCUGCGAGGGCGGGUGGAGACGGCGUGGCUGGAGAACGUCUCUGCCAGCACCCUGCACAUCCACACCCUGCAGCGCAAUGACUCGGCCCUCUACCUGUGCCUCUUCGUUGUCUUCCCCUCGGCCCAGCCCUGCAUCCUAGAGGGGAACGGGACCCGCCUGACAGUGACAGGUUUCUCUGCUCAGGGGAACAGGACCCAGAUCAGCUCAGCACACAGGGAGCUGCCUGAGCAUCACUGGACCAUCCGGCUGCUGGCGCUGGGAGCGGGAAUCGUUCUCACGGCUGCCGUUGUGCUUUGCCUGCACAGGAGAAGAGGAGGUGAGAGGCAGGAACAAAACCCAUAAUGUAGCUACCAUUGUGAAGCAGCCACCCGAAGUGUUCCAGGUCAGGGCAUCUCCGUGCGCUUCCACUCCAGUCACACCUCCGGCAGGUGAUAUGAUCAGUGUAG